UAUAAAAAGACGAGAAAAACAAGAUAGAGAGGUCGCAGUUCCACCUCAUCUUCUUGCACCCCUUCAACCCAGUUUUUUUUUUUUUUAAUCAAGCACACAAAAUCAUGAAAUUAAGUUCAUCACCACUCUCUACCAUUCGCUUCCUAAAUUUCAAUUCCCCCUUAAUUAUAUCUCCUCUUUCAUUCAAUUUUCCCAAAACUACCUUCACUCGUUUCCCUAAUUUUUCUAUCCAUACUACAACUUCUUCUCCCGCCAUUACUGCGGCGGAAUCCCAACUGGCGCCGCCCAAGCCCCUGCCUCAUCUGCCCUGGCUCAUUGUCGGCCUCGGUAAUCCCGGCAAGAAAUACAAUGCCACUCGCCACAACGUGGGUUUUGAGAUGGUAGACGCCAUAGCUGAGUCUGAAGGGAUUUCCAUUAACAAUGUUAACUUCAAAGCCCUGUUAGGAAGAGGGUUUAUUGGAAAUGUUCCAGUCAUGCUUGCCAAACCACAAACUUUCAUGAACUCAAGUGGUGAAUCUGUUGGUUCCAUUGUCUCGCAUUACAAGAUUCCAUUGAAGCAUGUACUCGUGGUUUACGAUGAUUUAGAUUUACCUUUUGCCAAAUUGAGACUACUUCCAAAAGGCGGACAUGGAGGACAUAAUGGCAUGAGAAGUAUCAUUGACAGUUUAAAAGGGAGCCGUGAUUUUCCUCGUCUAAGAAUUGGCAUUGGGCGGCCUCCUGGGAAGAUGGAUGCUGUUAAUUUUGUUCUUCGCCCUUUCAAUAAGCAAGAACGUGAAGAGCUUGAGUUUACAUUUGAACGUGGAAUAGAGGCUGUCCGGAUUCUUUUACUUGAGGGUUUCGAUAAAAGUGCUACAGUUGUCAACAGCACCAAAGCAAUGGAACAACUUGGUUAAAUUAUAGCUCUUGGUGGUUAUAUCUUUCGUUAAGGCAAGUGCAUUGAGGAUGGUGGGUAACCAGGAGAAUCGUUUAGUAAAGAAGUCGAACUAUAGAGAUUCAAAGGAUGACAAUCUGAGAAGUGGGGAAGGAGAUGCAAAACCAGAAAAUUUACUUGGUAAAUAGGCGAGCAGAAAAGAAGCCACGACCCACUGAAGCAGUCAAAUUUGCAUUUUGUUUUAGGACACUAUGUUGUUGACAUCCAAAGCUUUACAAAUUAAACAUCUGCCAUUACCAAGCUCCUGCAUAUCAAUUUACAAAAUUGGGUGUGUUGAAUUGAGACUGUAGCAUUAGAAAACAAAUUAUUGGUUUGUUAGGUGAUCUGCCUAAGGGAUAAAGGAGGUUGAAUGCAACUCUUUAGAAUGGUCAUCCAUUCCCAUUCAUUUUCUGUGACAAUAAGUCUCUAUUUUUAUUGGUUUCAUGGAAUGAGAUUACUUGUAUAUUAUGAAUGAGAACACAAAUUAUCGAGUAGCUAUGCGCUAAGGUAUAACAUCACAGCAAUUCUUUUUGUCA